ACACGGGCCGACCGUAAACAAUCGCGGGCAGUCGUCGGCCGGCCCCCGCGAGCGUCGCGCGUCCGCUAUACCCGACUUAUGACCCACCGCCAUCGCCACCUGACAGGUGUUCUGUGUUCAAAUUUAAAUAUCGAAUAGAAAAAAAAUUCAAGAUUCGUUCGUGUUACAUUUUUUUUAAACUUUGCUCAAAGUACCGUUGUGAGAAUUCCAUUUCUUUUGCCGUUAACCGCGUGUGCCAGUGGUAUUGUGCUGUGAGAUCGGAUGGACCGUUCUGAUGGAAAUGUUUAAUGUCUAAUAAGCGUUGUGAAGUGUUAGUGAUUGUGAAGUGAACCAAUUAUGACUUGAUGCACUAGCGACGUCACGAUGUACCGUCCGAACUUCUACGAGAGCACCUGCUUCAGGUGCAAUGAGAUCGUGUACCAGGUGGACCGCGUGGGACCGCUCAAGGACUUUACCUUCUUCCACAGCGGCUGCUUCAAGUGCGCUGUAUGUGGGACCAAACUUACGCUAAAGACAUACUACAAUAACCAGCAUUGGACGGAAGACAAAGAGGUUUACUGUUCAAGCCACGUGCCCAAAAUCGGCCCCGGCCACCUGGACAAUUCGUCCGUCGGCAUCCGAAGCGCUCUGAACGUGCCCAAAAGCAACAACUACGUCAAUGAACAGAUUAGAGGACAUGCGAGGAAUAGUCAUGAUACUGAAUUAUCACCAACACGCGCAACCAACGGGAACAGCGUACACGCGUCACCAGCGCGUGAAGUUGCGCGUGACACGCCCGACUACCAGUACGGGCGGUUCGACGCGAGCGCACUGCACAUAGCGCAUGCGCUCAAACAGACUGAGCUGCAGAAGGCCUACCAUAGGCCGAGGGAGAAGCCUAUUGAUUGUUAUUUGGUGAGUGUAUGUACUAAGUAAGAGAUAAAACGAUACCAGAAAUUAACGUGUAGAGUCUAUUCAGGCUCUUUUUGUA